UGUCGUCCCAAUGGCCUCUUGGGUUAUUUCUGGGAAAGAGGGCUUUCUACUACUGUGACAUAUGAUCACAGAGCACUGGUUAUUGAUGGAAAGAGGCGAAUUUUGCAGUCGGGUUCUAUACAUUAUCCUCGAAGCACACCUGAAGUAUGGCCGGAACUUAUUAGGAAAUCCAAGGAAGGAGGAUUGGACGUGAUCGAGACUUAUGUUUUCUGGAACUACCAUGAGCCUGUGAAGGGAGAGUACUACUUCGAGGGCAGGUUUGACCUGGUUAGGUUUGUGAAGACAGUGCAGGAAGCUGGCCUUUUUGUGCAUCUCAGGAUCGGCCCAUAUGCUUGUGCUGAAUGGAAUUAUGGGGGAUUCCCUAUUUGGUUACACUUCAUUCCUGGAAUCCAGUUUAGGACAACAAACGAACUUUUCCAGACAGAAAUGCAAGGUUUUCUCGCCAAAAUUGUUAAUUUAAUGAAGGAGGAAAAUCUCUUUGCAUCACAAGGAGGGCCAAUCAUUCUUGCUCAGGUUGAGAAUGAAUAUGGGAGUGUUGAGUGGGCCUACGGAGUUGGUGGGCAAUCAUAUGUCAGAUGGGCUGCAGAAACUGCUGUUAGCCUUAAUACUACUGUUCCUUGGGUGAUGUGUGUGCAACAAGAUGCACCUGAUCCAAUUAUAAACACAUGUAAUGGAUUUUAUUGUGAUGGGUUUACCCCAAAUUCCCCUUCCAAGCCGAAGAUGUGGACAGAGAACUACAGUGGAUGGUUCCUUUCAUUUGGUUAUGCAAUUCCUUAUCGACCUGUUGAGGACCUGGCUUUUGCUGUUGCACGUUUUUUUGAAACAGGUGGCACAUUUCAAAACUACUACAUGUAUUUUGGUGGCACGAAUUUUGGACGAACAGCUGGAGGUCCUUUAAUUGCAACAAGCUAUGACUAUGAUGCCCCAAUAGAUGAAUACGGUUUUAUUAGACAGCCAAAGUGGGGCCACCUACGUGACUUACACAUGGCAAUAAAGCAGUGUGAAGAUUAUUUGGUCAGUGCAGAUCCUAUUCAACAGCCUCUUGGUGUAAAUCUAGAGGCACAUAUCUAUUAUAAAUCUUCCAACGACUGUGCAGCUUUUCUUGCUAACUAUGACACCUUUUCCGAUGCAAAUGUCAGUUUUAUGGGGAAUUUGUACUUCCUUCCUGCUUGGUCUGUGAGCGUUCUCCCUGACUGUAAGAAUGUCAUUUUUAACACAGCAAAGGUUGUUUCACAAAGAAAUAUUGAUGAUGUUGCAUUUGCCCGCAAUAGAAGUGUGAUAGAAUUUUCAUGGGCAUCGUCAAAAUGGAGUUGGUAUAAAGAAAAAGUGGGUGUUUGGGGUAACAACUCAUUUACAGAGUCAAGUUUACUGGAGCAGAUAAAUACGACAAAAGAUACUAGUGAUUUUCUUUGGUACACAACAAGUAUAAAUGUCAACGAGAACAUCAAGCUUGGUCUAGCAGAAGAAGUAUAUUUGGUUAUCGAGAGUUUAGGACAUGCGGCACUUGUUUUUUUAAACAAAAGACUUGUAGGAUUUGGUUAUGGCAAUCAUGAUGUUGCAAGUUUCAUAUUCAGUGAGAAAAUUAGUCUUAACAAUGGAAAUAAUACAUUGGAUGUGUUGAGUAUGAUGAUUGGUUUACAGAAUUAUGGCCCAUGGUACGAUAUCGCUGGGGCAGGAAUUUUUUCUGUCAUUCUUGGUGAUCUGAUGAAGAAUGCGAAGGAGAAUCUUUCUUCUACAGAAUGGACCUAUCAGGUGGGACUUGAAGGGGAAUUCCUUGGACUUGAUAAAAUUAAUCAAGCAAAUAGUCCUCUAUGGACUCAAGGGAGCACCAUACCAGUUAAUCAGACCUUGAUAUGGUACAAGGGUCUAUUCCUUGCUCCUGAAGGGAAGGGUCCCUUGUCUCUGAAUCUUUCUAGCAUGGGGAAGGGGCAAGCAUGGGUUAAUGGGCAGAGUAUAGGACGAUAUUGGCCUGCCUAUCUCUCACCAUCAACUGGUUGCACUGAGAAUUGUGAUUACAGGGGAACGUAUAUUCCAUUUAAAUGUCAAAAGAAAUGUGGUCAACCUUCUCAGGCAUUGUAUCACAUCCCAUGCACUUGGGUAAAUUCCGGUGAGAACCUACUGGUUCUCCAUGAAGAGAUAGGUGGCGACCCUUCAAAAAUUUCUGUGUCAACACGAACUGGGCAAGAGGUAUGUGCACAUGUGUUGGAGGCUGAUCCUCCACCAGCUGAUUCUUGGAAAUCAAACUUGGAUUUCAUGUCUCAAAGCCCAGAAAUUCGACUGACCUGCGAACAAGGGUGGCACAUCACGUCAAUUAACUUCGCAAGCUUUGGAACUCCUGAAGGAGAUUGUGGCACAUUCAGACCAGGGAGUUGUCACACCAGUGUGUUAUCUAUUGUUCAACAGGCUUGCCUUGGUCAGCAACGUUGUUCGAUCCCCAUCUCUACAAAGAACCUUGGGGACCCAUGUCCCGGAAUGCCGAAAAGCUUGGCCAUUGAAGCUCUCUGUAGUGCUUGAACUACACUAAAUGAAGAAUUCAGCGUGAUGUGAUGUGAUUGUAGCGUACUGUUAUCUUUCGAAAAGUUUGUGAACUGUGAUGCUAUUUGUGGUGUUAGCUGAACUAAGCUUACUAAGCCAGCUAGCACUGCUUACUCUUUCAAAAACUUCAAAUGAUAAAAUAUGGUAAAAUUGAUGUCCUAAGAUGCCUUCCAAGUUUAAGAUUGCACCAUUGAUUAGGGAUAAACUUCUUGGAAGUGAAUUUGAUUUUGCUUAGUUUUGGGGGCUUUUUGUAUUGUACAAUAUCAAAUUUGAUCUCUAGUUGAAUGAACACCUGUUCCUGAGUUCAGCAUGGAGGAGAAGACGAUUGAUGAUAAAAAAAAAUUAAAGAAAAUAGAACGGUCCUUGAAAUGUAUUGAAAAAUACUCCUCUUGAUGCAGGUACUUUUAUCUGCUGGAAAUUGUGGGGAAGGCCAACACUACAUCAUUGUAGGUACUCAUUAGCAUACACUCACAUGCUACUUGGACCUUCAAAUUUACAUUUAACUCAUCUAUAAGUUUUAAGUGCGUUUGUUCUCUCACAAAGAUUCUAAAGUACUACUGUAAGGUUAGAUGAGCUCUCGCUGUCUUGUGUAAAGAUUGGGAGCAGAGAGUUGUACUUUUGAACCUGCUACUAUUCACACCAGCACUUUAUUGUGUUAUA